AUAGUGUCCCGUGGGUUAGGGAACAGUGCCCUCUCUCCAUCGGACCUACCCGUCGCACCUUUCCUAGACCCGACCGGACCGGUCCGGUUCGAUUCCUCCUCUCUUUCUAUAUAUAACCCCUCAACCCAAUUCUUCAAGUUCAUCCAUACCCACAUACUACACACUUCUCUCUCAAGAACCAUCUCUCUCUCUCUCUUUUAUCGGAAAUGAAGGUGACGGGCUCGAGCGUGGGAGGGUCGAAGAGGAAAAUGUGGAGCCGUGGAGUAAGUGGAGUCAUAAGAGAGCAAAGGUCGAAGCUUUACAUCAUAAGAAGAUGCGUGGUGAUGCUUAUUUGUUGGCAUGAUUGAUCAUCCAUCGUCAUUAUCAUGAUCACCAAACUCGUAUGAUGAUGCAACAAGAUCAUCAUGACUAAGCAUCAUAUAUAUAUAUAUAUAUACAUAUAUUCUUUUAUCGUGUUUAACUAUACAUACUUGGGAAGAUGGGGUUGUGGAGCGUCAUAUAUAUAUAAUUUUGUAGUUUUUUUUUUCAACCCCGGUGAAGGGUUUUGAAGAUAUGUAAAUUAGUAGUUGAUUAGCUAUCUAUUCAUAUAUUAAUACUCUGUUU